CAUUGUAAAUCGCAAACAAGUUGAUUUAAGAGGACUUGGGAGCGGACCGGACCAGCAUUUCCAAGCGCUUUUCAGUAAAGUUAUGAUCUGUCGUUACUGAAUUACCGACUGACAGGCUCACAAAAUGACGCAAAAAAGGCUUAUUUUGGAGGGUCUCCCGGACGACCUGCACCAAGUAAGACUGAGGUUGGAUUUGUACUUCAAAAACAAAAGGCGGUCUGGGGGAGAGGUUUUGGACAUCCUGGAUUACCCUGGAGACAAAAGAAAAGCAUUGCUCGUUUAUCAAGACGAUGGAGUCAUGCAAAAAGUUUUAUCAAAAGGCAAACACCAGAUUGACUUCAAAGAACCAUUAGGGGUGAUUGAACUUCAUGUGAAACUGGAGAAGGAUAACCAAGCAGAAGUGAAACAAGUUAAACCGAAAACUUUACCUCGUCCAGACAUAAGCAAACUCACAAUGCUGGGUAUGUCUGUACCCAGCACUCAAAACAAGGUGAUCCAUUUUUUAGAUACCACAAAGGUUGAAGAUACAAAGACAGAGGCCUUCUCACUACUGGUCCGACACACUGGUGAAGACGCCAAAGAGAUCCUUGAAAUGUACUUUGAACAGUUUGUGCCAGAGUAUCGUCUUAUUAGGCAUGGCAAGAAGAGCUGGAUCCUCAAACUGUCUAACCGGUCAGAUGUGGAGAAGAUCCUGGCAAAGAAGGAACACUCCCACGGCAUCUCAGUGGAGCUACACAAGGAGAGGGUUGAGGAGGGAAAGCUGGACCCCAGGCGCUUCAUCCUCAGCGGGUUCGACGACAACAUCAAAUGCAAGAUCAUAUCUCUGUACAUUGGCAGCUGUAGCCAAGGGGCAGAGAAUGUCUGGGAAACACUUGACGAUGGAGACAGAAUACUGGUCACUUUCAAAGAGGACAUCGAUGGAAAGUCCUUCCUGAAGAAAUGCAACAGUAAGAUGGUCCAGGGUUUGGAGAUCGCAGCCUGUGGGUUGGAGCAGACCGACUCUGUGCUUGUCCAGGGGGACAUGAGCCGGCUUAACGAGGAGACCAUUAGUCUCUAUUUCUCCAACAAGAGAAGUAAAGGAGGAGAAAUCGCCUCGCUGAUCUGGGUCACUAGACACAAGAGCAUUGUCAUAACCUUUAAGGAGAGUCACGUUGCAAGCAAGGUGGUGGAGCAGAAACACAUUCUCACCGGGGUAGUCCUCACAGCACAGCUCUUCUACUCCAGUCUGCAGAAGGUUCUACGCGGAGACCCAGCUCUGCAACCAGACUUCCCCACAAAGGUGGCCAUCCCUCUCUGCUCUGCCAUCCUGGGCUUCAUAAGCAGUGACGAGGGACGCGAGAAGGAGAUGAAGGCCGUGUUGGACAAGGUUCACGCUGGUGCCUCGAUCAACAUGGCCGCCGACCCUCCUCAGUUGGAGCUACAGAUGACCAUGGAGAAGGACUCUCUGGGGGCGCUGCGUCUGGGCCCUGCGUGGGAAGGUAACGCCCGCAGAGAAGCCCAGGCCCUGCUGGAGAAGUACAAGAAGGCCAAGCUGCCAUCUGCCAUGGAGGUCUGGGAGAGAGUUGAAAGUACUUGCCUUGGGUUGAACCGCCCUAACGCCAGAGUGUCCUACAGCAGAGGCACGUCUGAGAUUGUGGUGGUGGGAACGCAUGCUGUGGUUGGGGGGGUCAUGGAGGAGCUGGAGGACAUUGUGAAGAAGGCCAGAGAAGAUCUUGAGACGGAGAGGGACACCAGAGAAUCUAAGAUCGUCCUGGGUUCCAAGGAGGAGAUGGAUUUCAUCUGGGACCGUAUCUCAGGCAAAGUAGCAGAUGUGGAACUGUCCAAAGAAGAUGAAAGCAUAUGUGUGAAGGGUUUGAAGGACAAGGUGAACACAGCAGAGAGGGUCGUAAAAGAAAUUCAGAUGAAUGUCCAAGCUAAGGAGCUUGAUCUGUCUGUCCCUCUUGUAAACUUCAUGAUGUCGCUGGACCUGAAGAAGUUUGAAAGGGACCACUUCCGUCCGAUGAAUAUUUCAUGUGUAUUUCUCCGUGCCGAUAAGUCAAUAAAGAUCCUCGGAGAACAAGAUGAAAUCCAGAAAGCUGAAGACAAACUCCACAAAGUCAUCAAAGAGGAGGUCAUCAAACUCACCUUAGAGCAGAACAAUGUGACCAACAGUGAACAGUGGAGGCAGUUCCAAACAGAUUUGACCAGUGACCUUAAAACCAGCGGGAAUGACAAAGAAGUCAGCAUCUCUCCCUCAGUUACAAAGAUCGGCAUUUGUGGUGUCUCCAGUGUGGUGGCAGACAUGCUGAGCAAGAUAACUGGAUACCUGGAGAACAAGAAGCCCACGACAGAGGACGUCCCUCUCAAUUCACUCGAAGAAGUUGAGUACGCCGAGUCUUGCAUGGGUCUUUCUGAUGACCCCAAUCUCAAGGCCUUGGGGGUGACUAUUCUAGCGUGUAAAAAUGCACACUCCCCCUGUCUGAAGGUCACGGCAGCAAGUGAGAAGAUCAAAGAGGCCGUACAAAUGGUGAAACUUCGGGUCAGUGCAAUUACUGCCGAGAAGCACGUGUACACAAAGGCUGGGGAGUCCAAAGCCCUAGAAAAGAACGAAGUAGCACUAAAGGCAAAAGCUAAAGAAUUGAAAUGCGAUCUGCACCUAAGGCUACAAGUGGCUACGGUUCCUCAGAAGCACAGCUAUGAUAUAAAAGGCAGCAUCACUUUAACCAUUAGUCAAGAUAAUAUUUCCCAACAUGCAUCAGAUGCUUUAGUUUGUCCACUGAGCGGCUUGGCGUUGGAUAACCUAAUCGCCCGGCAGUUUCUACAAUCUGGGGGUCCCAAGAUCAAGAAGGUUCUUGACAAAUUCCUGAAGGAGAAACAGAGUUUACUGGCAGGAGAUGUGGUUGAGUCGGAAACAGGCACCCUCAAGGCGAAGCUGCUCCUCUAUGCUGGUAUACCUGUUUGGGGGUCCUCAACUCAGAAUAUCACCUAUCUCGAGGCAGCAGUGCACGACAGUCUCAUCAAGGCAGAGAACAGGAUGUGCACCUCUGUUGGGAUGCCAGCACUAGGCUGUGGCCCCUUUGGGUUUCCCGUCAAAGAGAGCGGCGGAGCAGUGAUAAGGGGAAUUCUUCAGUUCAUUACCGGCUUUCAGGCAUCUACCCAGAACCUGAAGAACAUAAAUAUAAUAGAAACUGAUGCCAAGUUAGUUGCGGACUUCCAAUCAGCCAUUGAAGCCUUGGGCUAUCAUCAAACUACAGUGUCAAACACAGCAACCACUUCUACUACUGCACAGACGACAACUGUCACUCAAGGCUCAGCAUCACAAAACUCAGCACCGCCCCUACCAGCUAAGCCAGUCUCUCAGGUCUCUGUGAACAUCAAGAUGGGAGACAUCACCAAAGAGACUGUGGAUGUCAUUGUAAAUUCCAACAACCAGAAUCUAAACCUGAAUUCUGGUGUGUCUGGGGCCAUCCUAAAAGCCGCCGGACAAUCAGUUGUGGAUGAAUGUAAACAAUUAGGUCCUCUGAAUAAUGGUGGUGUCGUGCUCACCGGGGGAGGAAACCUGAAAUGUAAACACAUAGCUCAGAUGGUCGGGCCCGGUGUCCCUGCAGAUAUCACAGCCUCUAUGGAGAAGGUGUUCAAGCUGUGUGACAGCAAGCAAGCUGUCAGUGUGUCUGUCCCUGCAAUCGGCACAGGGGGAGGUGGCAUGGACCCCAAAGUCUCCCUGAUAGCUAUACUGGAGGCCCUGGAUAACCACACAUCUCAGACAGCCUGGUCCAGCAUCAGAGAGGUCUUCAUUGUGUCUUUUGAGCAGAAGGUUUAUGACCCUAUGAACGACAUUUUGACCAAACGGAAUAGGAGAAUGCAUCGUCCUAAAAAGCCAAAGGCUGCACCUGCUCAGUCCAAAAUUCCCUCAAAUCAAGUGAUGAUCCACGGCAUCAAAAUCGAGGUUAGGAAAGGCGACAUCACCAGGGAAACAGUCCAAGGAAUUGUGAACACUACCAAUACUGACCUCAACCUAACAGGAGGAGUCUCUAGGGCCAUCACCAAAGCCGCCGGGAGCGCCAUGGAGCAGGAGUACCAGAUGAUCCGGCCUCUGAAGGGUCACGUGGCUGGAGUGACCAGCGGAGGGGAUCUACAGUGCGACUUCAUCCUGCACAUGCUGGGGCCCCACUCUGUGGCGGACGCCACCGUGCGAGUGACCAAGGUGUUGGAGCGCUGUGAGGAGAAGCAGAUCACCACCGUCUCCUUCCCUGCUGUGGGAACAGGUGGUGGCGGCUUAUCAGGGGCUGAUUCCGUGGGUGCCAUUCUCCAGGGCAUCGACAACCAUCUCACCCAGCUUCCCACCCCCUCCGUGGUCAGGUUCAUCUACCUGCUGGUGGACCAGGAUCCGAUCCUGCAGGCCUUUCAGCAGGGCUUCUCCCUCUGGACCUCCAGCCACAUGGAUGAAGAUAGCAGUAAUGAGGAUGAUGACAGUGAUGCAUGGACAACAGACUCUGAGAGUGACGACAGCAGUCAGAAAACCAACACAGUUGAAGCCAUAAUUGGGCCAAUAAAAGUCAAAGUGCUUCAUGGUGACAUUACCAAGGAGAAGACUGACGUCAUUGUGAACAGCACGAACGCCACCCUCGACCUGAAGACAGGUGUGUCGGGGGCCAUCCUUAAAGCUGCAGGACAGGCCGUGGUGGAUGAGUGUGAAGCUCUAGGCAAACAACCCGAUGAUGCUGUGGUGCUCACCAAGCCUGGGAAUCUCCACAGCAAGCACAUCAUGCACAUGGUGGGAAGGACCAAGCAGGUCGACAUCACCAGCUCCAUGGUUACAGCCCUGAAGAAGUGUGAAGACCAGAAGGUCCAGUCAGUCUCUUUCCCAGCUCUGGGAACAGGUGCCGGCAAUCUAGGAGCUUUGCAGGUGGGGAAUGCCAUGAUGGCGGCGAUAGCAGACUAUCUGCUGAUGUUCAGGAAGCCCUCUGUCUCCACCAUACACAUAGUUGUAUUUCAAGCUGCGAUGAUGAAGGACUUUGAGGAGGUUAUGAAGCAGUUUAAGAAGGUGACCCCCAAACCCAGUGCCACUAAAAUCACACCAAAAUAUGCCAAAACCACUUCCACCUUCACUCUUACCAAACCUGCCAAAACCACUUCCGUUCAGACUCUUACCAAACAUCCUGUGUGCCUGGAGCAGGCCACUGCUGCUGUGCCUUUCCCCAGCAUGGAGGUCCAGGUGUGCGGCCUCACUCCAGCCAGCCUGGCCCAGGUGAAGGCACACCUGGAUUCCUUCCUCUCAGAGGAGUGCGUCAGCCAGCUGGUGCCUUCCAGCCACCUGGGCCUCCUCCUGGAGCCUGAGAAGGAGGCCAUCGUGGCCCUCAGCCGGAAGAACCAGGUGCAGUUCCUGGUGACCGCGUCCCAGGAUGGGGUGACCGUCUCGGGGAAGAAGGAGGACGUGCUGGACUCUGUCCUCCAGAUCAAAGACUUCCUUCAGAAGGCCAAGGACCGGGAGAGCCGGGCGGAGGAGGAGAGCAGGCUGAGGAAGACGGUGCGCUGGGAGGUCGGGGAAGGGGAGGUCUGGAGGGAGCUGGAUUCCAGUCUCAGCUACGACCUGGAGCUGGCUUACCACAGGAAAAAGGGUAGUUUCACCUACACCCACCAGGGGGAGACAUACAAGGUGGACCUCAAACUCAUGCAGCAGAAAGACAGCAGAGGAAGAUCUUCCAGCGUCAAGAGGACUCUGAGAGCCGAUGGAGACAUAGCGGUUAUCCAACCUCCGCCAAGCUGGACCAAAAUGGAUUCCAAGGACCUGUCCAUUGUUGACCUGGUCUCCUCAUCAUCAGAGUACCAGAGUGUUGAGAAAGAGUUUCUCCAAACCAGCCACAAUCCAAAAACUCAGACGCAACAAAAAAUCCAAGUGGUCAAGAUCCAGAGGAUUCAGAGCAAGAACCAGUGGCAGAGGUAUGCUGUGAAGAAACAGGGUCUGGACCAGAAGUACCCCAAAACAAAGAAUGAGCUAAACCUCUACCACGGGACCACGAACGAAAUCUGCAAAAAGAUCACCACCAAUGGCUUCAACAGGAGCUUCUGUGGGAGGAACGCGACGAUGUUCGGCAACGGAACCUACUUCGCCAAGGAGACGUGGUACUCCUGCCAGGACACCUACUCCAACCCUGACGCCAGCGGGCUCAAGUACAUGUACCGCGCCCGGGUCCUGGUGGGUAAACCCUGCCAGGGGAGGAGCGGCAUCCGGGAGCCUGACCCCCUGAACCCCAGCGACCCGGGGUCCGACCUGUACGACUGCGCCGUGGACAACCUGCAGAACCCUUUCAUCUACGUGGUGUUCUGCGACUCCGGGGCCUACCCAGACUACCUCAUCAGCUUUAAGACCGUCUGAGAGAUGUUGAAACGGUGAUGAAGAAAGUGUUCCAUCUACCUAUUUGCUAACAGUGACUUGAGUUCUGGGGUUUAUGUGUUGGCAAGAGAGUUUUAACAAACAUCUCAACAUAACAACGACCAAGUCAGACACAGCGGUUAUAGCCAAGUUUCUCUGAGGCAUUAAGUUCAGACAUAUUGAGAAGGUUAGACAGAACAUAUGAAGGAAAAUCCAACUUCUUCCACACCAUCUUGUGGCUUCUGGAGAGAUCAUCAGAAGAGCUAUAAUGUGGGAAAUGAUUUGAAGCGGUGUUACACUGUGUGCCUUAAGUAAAAAACUUUUUUUAGCAGUGAUACUUGACAGCAGAAACUUUGCCUUGGGAACAUAAGGGUUUGCAUGGCAAUCUUAAAGAAUGUCAAUUCACAUCAGUGUCUUCAUAAUUUUAAAUGUAUAUUAAAUAACAAAUCUGAGCCAUAGUGAUACCUGCAGUCCUUAAAGUAGUGACUAUGCUUUUUGAAUAAGACUGUGACUAAUAAAUCAAGCCUUGGCAUUAUUUGUAUUUAUGAAGAAACUAUAAAGUGUUAUUAACUUACA